AUGGCUGAAUCGCCGCCCAUUGUCUUUAUUGCCAGACAUGGAGCGCGCCUCGAUGCCGCAGAUAAGGAUUGGCAUUUAACCUCUCCAACUCCCUACGAUCCUCCUCUCUCGUACGGCGGCUGGCUCCAGGCUCGGGCCCUCGGUGUUCGCAUCGCAAGUCUUUUACAAGCCUCUGAAUAUACAGGAACAGGUCCAGAAAACCGACCGGGUCCACCCCCGGUGCCAGACCUCCCGGCGCAACUCCAACCCUCUUCCGCGGAAUCAGAAUCCGACCUCUACGAUCGAUACAAUGUCGUCAUCCAUACCUCCCCAUUCCUACGGUGUCUCCAAACUUCAAUAGCUGUUGGUGCAGGUAUCAAUCAGUUUCGAUCGGGCUCCGAGGCAGAAGAUGACCUUAGUGCCGCACCUCUGCCGAUGAUGGAAACUACCGCUUCCGACCCUCGGACCUUACUCCGCGUCGACGCCUUUUUAGGCGAAUGGCUGUCACCCGACUACUUUGAUCAAAUCACCCCGCCUCCAGCCUCGGACCGAAUGGUGGCUUUAGCGAAAGCAGAGUUACUUCGUCGUGGCGAUAUUAUCUUCACACCGAGAGAGGGAACCAGAGCCUUGUCGGGCCACUUCCCUGGUGGCUGGGGUAGCCAGUCCGAUCCACCAUCCCCUAACGAGAAUGAUGAGCACCACCUACAAUCACUAGGGUCCUCGGCCAUCCUAGGGUCAUCGGGGUCGCGACAAAGGGCCAAUAGCGACAGUCUACAGAAUCCUACUAAGCCCAACGGCGUAUCGAAAAGGUUAGGUCGGUUGUACACGGAUCUACCAGCUAUUGCGGAUUCUGCCUAUGUGCCGCCGACGCCGAGCUAUGCUGUUUCCCCCUCGGAUCCAAUUCCAGCUGGAUACGUGGCCCAUGCGCGGGACGCUUGCACAAAGGUUGAUUAUAUGUGGGAUAGCAUGCGGGCGCCGUUCUGGGGUACUGGUGGCGAUUACGGCGAGGAAUGGAGCAGCAUGCAUGAUCGAGUGCGUAACGGAUUUCGACAGAUGGUCGACUGGUACCGACAACCCAAAAAUUCCCCCAUGGAGCUAUCUCGGGCAACUUCUCAUGGCUUUACACGCAAGAAUCGAAAUGCCCAGACGGUGCUGAUCAUCAUCACCCACGGGGCUGACUGCAAUGCCUUGAUCAGCUCAAUUGCCGGUCAUUCGGCCUUGCUCGAUAUCAACACGGCUUCUCUGACCAUGGCGGUACGACAAGACCGGCUCAACAGCAGUACGCCCAACUCGGACCGACUGGCCAACCCUCCCAGUCGUCACGAGGGUCGUUCAGUGGCCCAGGAAUAUGCACUUCAACUGGUGGCGUCGACGGACCAUCUGCGCGCGGGGGUGAACCCCUCUAAACUCACCUCCUUGUUGUCUCCCUCGGCCCCACCGUCGCGGUCGGCACCUUCAGUCCCCACCUAUCGCAAUCGCCUCGGCUCUCGUCCUUCCAUGAUGCAGGGCCCGCUCGCCAUUCGACCUCAUUCGACCUCGAUGGUGACGACUACAACUGCAAACACGACCUCGACAUCAGCUUCGGCCACAACUGCCGGAGGAUCACAACCUCGCACUUGGUUGAUGGCUCCACGUACAUUGAGUCCUAGGCGAGGACCAUCGGGUCUCUGGAGUUCCAUCACCUCACCAACUGGAAAUGAGGGGGAGAGUAAUGAUGAUGCGGAUGACCUUGUGCCCAAUUUUAACGACCCCCGACCCGCUAGUCAAGACUCAGCCACUCCGGAUGUUCCUGUUGCUGUUCCUGUUGCUACCCCUGUUCCUGUUCCUGUUCCUGUUCCCGUUCCUGUUCCAGCUGAUCGGUCAGGCUGGACCAAGCAACUUCCCAGACGAACCAACUCCCAACGCGGUCUUUGGGGCAGCGCAGCCUCCUUGGAGGACCGUGAGGCGUCUGCGCGACGGCGAUGGACAGUCGCUGAGCAAAAGCUAUGA